CAACAAGGAAAGAACCUGCUCCGGAGCGCUCGCCGCCUCUUCCGCUCCACCGCCGAGUCUCCGGACCGAGGGCGGGUGAUGGGGCACCGGCGGAUUGGCUCUGGCGCCCAGGCGAGCUUGCUGCGGGCUACAGAAACAUUACCAGCAAAGCAUUUGCAUGCUCUCGUCUCUUCCACCUUAUUGGUCAAGUGGGCAGGACUAUCAGAAAUAAAAACUCCAUUUCCCAGCAUGCAACAAGAUAAUGUAAAAUGGAAACUUAUUGGCUAGAGAAUUUCCUCUUCAUUUCCUAACGAAUGGUUCAAAAAUAGCUCACUCCCGAUCAUGGAACCAAGCUGUGAAGAAAUCAGCGUUCAAGAUGAGGCUGUGGAUAAAAACCAUUUUAAGACAUGCAAGCAAAUUGCCUUUUACAGGCGUCAGAAAUGUUUAAGUCCUGGGAAGUCUCCAUACCAAGCCUUACUGCAAACUGUGGAACUAUCCAACGGCAAUGUCAAAUUCCAAAUUUUCAAUGAAGAGAGCAAGGUAACUCUUUCAGUAGAAAUGUAUGAAAUAGAGGGCAAUAUUUUCAGACUUAAAAUAAAUGAGGUAAAUCCACUCAAGCCAAGAUACGAAGUCCCUGAUGUUCUCAUAAAGGAACCAGCUAGCUUGAGGCUGAAGAUAUCAGAGAAAGAUGCAGACAAACUUGUGCUGGUAGGUGCUGAGCAAGACCAACAGAUUCAUAUAAUGGCAAAACCUUUUCAAAUACAGCUUAUUUCUAAGGAUGAAAUUUUACUGAGCAUGAAUUCCAAUGGCCUGUUGUAUUUGGAACACCUACAGUCACCACCUCAAAGCAGGAAAUCUACUUCACAAGAAAAGAAAAGUGGAUUGGCAGACUCUCUUAAGGAAACUGAAGAAGAUUUAGGUCUCUGGGAAGAAAAAAAUGGCAACUUUUUAGACAUCAAAGCUAAUGAAAGUCACAAGGAGCCUCAGUGGAGGUUAGUAUUGAAUGGGUUACUCUUUCAUGCUGCCCUGUGUUUUUGCUACCUAACAGUGCUACUCUGUCUUAAUACAGGUCCUAGUAGUGUAGGUUUAGAUGUUUCUUUGCAUGGAUUUGAACAUCUCUAUGGAAUACCUCAGCAUGCAGAAACCCUCCUCUUGAAAAAUACCAGUGAUGAUGAUGUCUACCGGCUUUAUAAUCUGGAUGUCUUCGGAUAUGCCAUCCAUAGCAAAAUGGGCAUUUACGGUUCAGUGCCCUUACUUCUAGCACAUAAGCUUGAUCAGACAGUUGGAGUCUUUUGGCUAAAUUCCUCAGAAACAUUGGUGGAGAUUUCUACAAAAGCUUCAAUGAAGGUUUUACCUUCUCAAACUCCAGACGUGUCCAAACAGAGAGUAGUGCCUCAAACUGAUGUGCGCUGGAUGUCAGAAAGCGGAAUCAUUGACAUGUUCAUCCUAAAGGGACCCAGCCCCUUUGAUAUUUUUAAGCAAUAUGGACAGCUAACAGGCACUCAGGCUUUGCCUCCCCUCUUCUCUCUUGGAUACCAUCAGUGCCGCUGGAAUUAUGAAGAUGAAGAAGAUGUACAAAAGGUGGAUGCAGGUUUUGAUACCUUUGACAUUCCCUAUGAUGUCAUAUGGCUAGACAUUGAGCAUACUGAUGGCAAGCGGUACUUCACUUGGGACAGGAAGAGAUUUCCCAAUCCUGAGAGGAUGCAGAAGCAGAUACUUAUGAAGAAAAAACGCAAGCUGGUUGUCAUUGUGGACCCUCAUAUUAAGAUUGAUCCUCUUUAUACUAUAUACUCACAAGCAAAAGCGAAAGGAUUAUUUGUAAAAAAUCGUACUGGUGAAGAUUUUGAGGGCAUCUGCUGGCCAGGUCUCUCAUCAUACCUGGAUUUUACCAAUCCUGAAGUCCGACAAUGGUACGCAGAUCAGUUUGACUUCAAAACAUACAAGGGUUCUUCUGAAAUUGUUUUUAUCUGGAAUGAUAUGAAUGAGCCUUCAGUCUUCAGAGGAAUAGAACAAAGCAUAUCAAAAGAUGCCAUUCAUUAUGGCAAAUGGGAACAUCGAGAUGUUCAUAAUCUCUAUGGCUUCUACCAGCAAAUGGCAACUGCAGAAGGGCUGGUGAAACGAAGUGGAGGGCUGGAAAGACCCUUUGUUCUUACCCGCUCUUUCUUUGCUGGAUCGCAGAAGUAUGGUGCAGUGUGGACUGGAGAUAACACAGCAGAUUGGAGUUACUUGAAAAUCUCCAUUCCAAUGUUGCUGACAAUCAGCAUUGCGGGAAUUUCUUUCUGUGGAGCGGAUGUCGGUGGAUUUAUUGGAAAUCCAGAACCAGAACUACUGGUUCGAUGGUAUCAGGCUGGGGCUUUGCAGCCUUUCUUCAGAGGCCAUGCCAGUAGGGACACCAAGCGUCGUGAACCCUGGCUAUUUGGGGAGAAGAACACAAAGAUCAUCAGGGAAGCUAUUAAGGAACGCUAUUCCCUGCUUCCUUACCUUUAUACGCUGUUCUAUCAGGCACACAGCAUGGCUGAACCAGUUAUGAGGCCUCUCUGGGUGGAAUUUCCAAAGGAAUUAGAAACUUUUGGCAUUGAAGAUGAGUACAUGCUUGGAAGUGCUUUGUUGGUGCAUCCAGUCACUGCUCCAAAAAUCAGUACAAUCAGUGUCUUUCUGCCAGGCGCACAAGAGAUUUGGUAUGACUUCCGAAAAUUUAGACAUGUUGAAGGUCAUGGCAUCUUGAAGAUCCCAGUAACACUGAACAACAUUCCUGUAUUUCAACGUGGUGGGACUAUUAUACCUUUGAAGAUUUCUGUAGGAAAAUCCACAGAAUGGAUGGUAGAUGUUCCAUAUGAACUGUAUGCUGCACUAGAUUAUAAGGGAUGUGCAACAGGUAAACUAUACCUGGAUGAUGGCCACUCAUUUCAUUAUCUCCAUGAGAAACAGUUCCUGCUCAGAAAGUUCAGCUUCCAUGAGAAUGUCCUCUCCUCCAGAUGUGCUGAUGAAGAAGGACUAUUCCAGACAAAAUGUAUAGUUCAACAGAUAUUGAUUUUGGGAAUAAAAAAGGAGCCCUCUGUUGUGACAGCAACUAUGUUUGAUGGAAAAGAAGACAAGACAGUGGCUUUCACCUAUGAUACCAGAAAUUCUGUGCUGACCCUUCAAAAACUUUCCUUAAACAUUGGCAAUAACUGGGAACUUCGUAUCAAAUGAAAGCACAGCUUCAGAGAUGAAGAUGAAAAACUGAAAAAUAAUACUUUGAACAAUUAGCAUGCUUUUUUAAAAUUGAUUGCUUUUAAAAUAGACAGAACCUCAAAUGUGACACACCAAGUACUGUUUGUAUAAUUUAAUUGAUUCAUAUUCAAAAUGUUUUUCAUGGAUGAAAACUUUCUGAUAUUAUUUGCAAAAACUGUUCCUGGGGAUAAUUGAUCUUCUUCCAGAUUUUGCAGUUCCGUAUUAAUUUUUUUUUGUUAUAUCUAUGCAAUAGUUCUCUUGCUUUUAUAACACCUUUGAAGUAAACUAUCUGGCUACUUUUUAAUUAGUGCACUGUUCCGUUUUUGGGUGGAUUCUAUUUAGCAAUUUGACACACAUUAAUUCUUCCAAGAAGUUCUUAGAAAGAAGACAUGCAAAUGAGAAUAGUUAUAAUAGGUAUACAUCAGCCAUAGAGAGAUUCUGCUUCACAAAACAUAAAUGCAUUUUUAUAUGGGAUAAAGACAUCUUGAAUUAAUGAACUUUAGCUUUCUUUUAGCUGGUGCACUUCAGAUGAAUCCCCAUAAAAAUUGUGAGAAUCAUCCUCCCAUUAUAUACAAAAAGAAAACAAUGAUAUGAUAAACUGUAAGGGAAUGGUAAAACAGUGUCACAGAAGGGAAACCAAUUCAGACUUUAUUUUGCUGAGCAAUUAAUAUUUCCUAUGGAAAUAAUUUACCAAAAGUAACUUUUUCUGUUUGUAGAGCACAGAAGCCUAAUUGCCAUUUCAGUAUUAAAAAGGCCAUAUUUUAGAAGUGCCAGAACAUUCAGAAUCUCAAGUUUUCAUAACAAAUGCCUCUUCUUUCAGAUCAUACCUGCUUAUUGUUGCAGAACAUGCCUAAGGAAAGAGUCUCAGGACAUAGAAUCAGCACUCUCAUUAUAAAGAAAAGAUAUACAUGUCUCCUCACUCCUUAAAAAAUGUAUAUUUUCUUCCAUUGUGUUUUGUGUUUUGUCCCACAUAGCAAAGAUAUAGUUAUUAGAAUCAUGUAAAAGUAGUGUAACAUUUUUUGCUAAAUAUAUUCUGUAUCAUAAAGUAUAUAUAGGUUGAAGCAUUGUUUUUUGUAUGAUUUUAUUUUGAGAAAUAGGAAUAAAGGCUAACUGCUUCUUCA